UUGAACAGACCUCUAUCAUUUCCAGUCUGGAUCCUGACACCAUGAAGAAUCUUUUGAUUCUGUUUGUUUUGAUGAAUUUGGACAAACUCCUGAAGACUGGAGACUGCACAGAAACAGAGGAUGAAAUUUUAUCAAUCACCCCAAAAACACAAGAACAAGUGGACCUAUUGAAGAAUGUUUCCACUCAAUACGAGACAGCUCUGUGGCAGCCUGUGUCACCUCACUACAUCACAGAAGAAACUGAGGUUCACCUGUUUGUUCCUGGAAACAGCUCAGAGACUGUGAAGGAUCUGCUAGAGAAAAACGCCAUGACACAUACGGUGUUACUGGCCAAUGCCAAGGAGCUGAUUGAAAUGCAGACGAGGAACGACUCCGCCGACCCACGAAGUAGCUCAACGUUUUACGAGAGAUAUCACAGUCUGGAGGAUAUCUAUUAUUGGAUAAACAGGACCCAGCAGGAGAACCCUGAUACGGUGAAAACUAUUCUCAUUGGCUCCUCAUAUGAAAAGCGACCACUUUAUGUUCUGAAGUUGUCUCUAAACAGCAGGCCGGAUAAGAAAGCAAUGUGGAUUGACUGUGGGAUCCAUGCCAGAGAGUGGAUCUCUCCUGCUUUCUGCUUGUGGUUCGUUCAAUAUUCUUUGUCAUUUUACAAGAUAAACUCAGACAUUACUGACAUUCUGGACAACAUGGACGUCUACGUCUUGCCUGUUAUGAAUCCUGAUGGUUACAAGGUCACGUGGACAACAAACAGGAUGUGGAGGAAAAACCGUUCCCUCAGCAAGACCAGCAAGUGCAUCGGGGUUGACCUCAACAGGAACUUUGAUGCAAACUGGUGCACAGAGGGAGCCUCUAACGAUCCCUGCACGGAGAUCUACUGCGGUGCGUUCCCCGAGUCGGAACCAGAAUCGGAGGCCGUUGCCAACUUCCUGCGCAGUCACAAGGACACAGUCCAGCUCUACCUCAGCAUCCACUCCUACUCUCAGAUGCUGCUCUUCCCGUACUCCUGCACCUUACAGGAAGCAGAGAACCACAAAGACCUGCUUGAGAUGGCCCAAGAAGCUGCCCAGAGUAUCGGAAGAUAUCACAAUAACACCUACAAGUAUGGCCCCGGAGCAAAGACAAUAUACUUGGCUCCCGGUGGGUCUGACGAUUGGGCGUACAACCUCGGCAUCAAAUACUCUUUCACGUUUGAGCUCCAGGACAGUGGGCGUUACGGCUUCCUCCUGCCGCCAUCUUUCAUCUCAGGGGCCUGCAAUGAAGCUCUUAUUGCUGUGAAGACCAUUGCUCUCAAGGUUAUAGAGAAAACACAAGCCCCAACGAGUUCUCCUCGGGCUGCCUGAGCAGUUACAUCUGCCAAGGCUGAGGGUCCAAUAUUUGAAGCCAUAAAAAGUGAAGCUAAAGAUUGAAUGUCAGUGUCUUUUUUUCUGUUUAUUAUUAUGAAAACUACAUCAUCAUCCAUAUAUUACACAGAUAUUAAAUCAGUAUUCUUGGAGAUAUCAAUAUUACUGUGAACUCUUGUACAAUAUUAUACAGCAGCUUUGCAGUCAAAAUAAAUAAGAAAUUUGAAAAGCA